AUGCUGGUUACUGAAACAUUUCACGGUUAUAUUGAAACAACACAGGACGUACUGCUGAUAUUCGAAGGAUGUCGACGUGGUUUACUUCCAAGAAUAUGUAGAAGGUUACAAGAAAAGGAACGAAAUAUGAUUCGAUCUGGCUCUAUAUUUGUAUUUGAUGAGCGAGAAUCUGGUAUCAAACGUUGGACAGAUGGUCGUGUUUGGUCUCCUUCACGCAUACUAGGAAAUUUUCUUAUUUACCGUGAAUUAGACAAAAAGAUACCAGGCGAUAAAAGACUUUCAGGUUCUUCGAAUGGAGGAAGAAGCUUUAGUGUGGAUGGGUCCAUCAUUGAUAAACACAAGGAAAGACAACUGGUGGGAUCACUCUCAGAUUCAUACAAGUUUAAAGAGGAUGGGCUGAUCAAAAAGACAAUGUCCAUUACAAUCAAUGGCGUAGCACAACAUCUAAUAUCAUAUUAUAACCCACAAGAAGUACUUGAAGAUAGAUUACGCUCACCCUCUUCCGUACCUGAACUUGCAAGCUUAGAGAUUUCACCAGAGUUGCUCGUCAAGCAAAAUUUCAGAAUCCCUCCCUUUGUUGAACCUACCUUUGACCAUCAACCCUACCGUAGUAUGUCGAUUGGAUCCCACAUCACUUCGUCUCCUAGCACCCCGAUGCUUCCCCAGCAUCGUCAGCCCUAUCAUCAACGGCAUUAUUCAGUCUCAUCCUUUAAUAUUCGUAGUUAUGAUGGUCAUCAUGACAACCCAAUUAUUCAAAUGAAUACUGCUAUAAAUACGACCAACGGUAGUAAUAGCAAUAGUAGUAACAGUAGCAUCAGUAGCAACCAUAACAAUGUAUAUGACCAACAAGCAUUAAUAGACAAUACAACUAAUAACAAUAGUAAUGAAAGACCAAACCUAGGACAGUUACUAAAUCCAAUACACCCUCUCCAUACCAACGAUCGUGAUUCGAUGGGAUUAAGUAGCUACGUACAGUCCCCUUUACAUGGCUCAAUGGAUAGUUUAAACAUAUUUCAAAACAGCUAUCAACAGGGACCACAUGAUAUCAGUUCCUUAAUAAAUAAUUUGAAAUAG